AAGAGGUGUGAGAUGGUACACGUCUGUUGAGCAGCUGACAGCGACAUGGAGGAAGAAGAAGGUGAUGUUGAAGAAGGCAAGCGUACAAAUGACUGCCUCUUUUCUUACCAAUUCCAGUUCCCAGUUCCAUCAUUUUACCGCUAGUUACUGCUACCUCUGUGGUCAUGGCGGCUUGCCUCUCCUCCACGCUCCCUCGCCAGACCAUCCACCGCCGCUUCUGCUUGACCCCUAAGCUGCCCUCCUCUUCCACCACCACCUACUACCGGCGCCCCCACCGCCGGAUCAUUGGAACUAGCUCCAUCGCUGUCUCUGCCCGUGCCUCCUCUGCGGCGGCCGCUGCUCCGGGCCUCGACGCCGACGACAUCCGACACCCCCUCGACAAGCAGAACACUUUGCUGCUCAAAGCAAUUCCCGGGCUCAAUGAUAUAGGCAAGGCUUUGCUAGGUCCGGUUUCUGAGCAAGUUAUGGUUCUUCAGAACAUUGGAUCCUCUGUUCUCGUCUCUGAGAAUCAGUUGCCAGAACUCCACCAGCUCAUGAUUGAAGCUGCAAAAACCUUGAACAUAGAAUCUCCGGAUCUAUACGUACGGCAAAAUCCCGUUCCUAAUGCUUACACCUUAGCAAUCAACGGCAAAAAGCCAUUUGUCGUGGUUCACACAAGCCUCGUGGAACUACUCACUAGAAAGGAACUACAGGCUGUUUUGGCACAUGAGCUUGGUCACCUCAAGUGCGACCAUGGCGUGUGGCUUACCUUUGCCAACAUACUAACAACAGGAGCAUACACUGUCCCUGGUUUUGGGAUGGUUGCCGGGUUCCUGGAAGAACAGCUGUUCAGGUGGCUGCGAGCUGCAGAGCUGACAUGCGAUAGGGCAGCCCUUCUCGUAGUGAAAGACCCCAAGGUUGUCAUGUCGGUCCUCAUGAAGCUGGCGGGAGGGUGCCCGUCCCUGGCGGACCAGCUGAAUGUGGACGCCUUUCUGGAGCAGGCCCGCUCGUACGACAAGGCCUCGUCGAACCCGGUUGGGUGGUACAUCCGCAACGCUCAGACGAGAGAGCUGUCACACCCGUUGCCUGUGAUGCGAGCGCGAGAGGUGGACGAGUGGUCGAGGAGCCAAGAAUACAGGACGUUGUCGCGGAAAAUGUUUCAGUAAUCUGUCUGUGCAUAUGAAACGAGAGAGAAGCUAGGUGUGGAGUGAGUGCACUAGUGGUGGACUGGUGGUGAAAAACAAAGGAAUUCAAUAGCCAGUCUAUGAAAUGAGAGAGGCUAGCUGUGGACUAGUGCACUAGUGAUGGUGCUGAAAAUUAAGUAACUAGUAGAGUUGAAUAGAUUGCAUAUUUAUGCAACUGAAAUUAUAUUGGUUGUAAAUGAUUAAACUGAAAAAUCAAAUACUGAUCUGUGUUGUGCUUC